AUGCCCAAUUACUUCAUCUUCAAUGGACCCAACUGCCCUAUCGGUCAUGGAAGCGUCUUGUCUCCCAUGGACUGGAUGGCGGAUUAUAUUCUCCGCUGGUGUCGGAAGAUUGCUACAGAAGACAUACGGUCCGUGCAAGUCCGCUCAGAUGCUACUCAUGACUAUAAUGUCUACACCCAGAAAUUUAUGAAAGGCACCGCAUGGAGCAGUGGCUGUCGUUCGUGGUAUAAGAAUGGUAAGAUAGAUGGCAGGGUGACAGCCAUGUAUGCGGGCAGCGUUAUCCACUACAAGGAGAUGCUUGAGAGUUUCCGCACGGAAGACUUUAUUCUUCAUUAUCGGAGUUCCAACCGAUUCCGGUUUAUGGGAAAUGGAAAAACCAUCCGCGAGAAGAACGGAGGAGACCUGGCGUAUUAUAUCCAGUAG